CUCUAUUACCUUGCCUACCCCAACCCCAGCCCACGCGUGGCAGACUGAGUGUCCUCACUUCACUAAGUACGUGACGAGGAGAGAAGAGCGGGAGAGAGACAGAGACAGAGAGGCCGUGACAGACCUUUCCGUCCUUGCACGUCGUUGCUUCCACUCACAUCCUCCAACUCGCCCGCAUCGCAACCCGAUACUUGGAUCAUUCCAUUCCCCCCUCUCGUCUGCCGUGCGCUCCUCCUCCAACAACAACAAGAAUAAGAAUCGCUCGUCGUACCGCCCACCCGUCGCAUAACCAGACUGUGAACUCCACCUUUGCGCCACCCGCAUUUUGCCCAUGAUGGCCUCCGCCGCCGAGUCUUGCGACAAGGCUGCGACUGCCUCCGCGGCCACAACGAAAACCCUUAACUUCCUCGACCUCCCCCUCGAAACCCAGAAAGACAUAUUCAGCCAUUGCUGCCAGAGCGACCUCAUCUGCCUCGCCCUCGUCUCAAGACAUUUCCGAGAACUUGCUGCCGCCCAGCUCUACCGCAACUUCCACAUUGUCUUCCCCGACGAAGAUGACCCUUCCUUCGACUCCCCCAUCGACAGCUUGGCCGGUGGCCUCGAGACCUUCGUGUCGAGCGACUACAACUAUGCCCAACAUCUGAGAGAUAUCUCCCUCGACACCCUGAGCGCCGGCGACAAGGCCGAGGCUGCCUACAAACCCUAUCUGUACAGCGCCAGCUGCGGCAAGUUCAUGAGCACUCUGCUGCUGCUGACUCUCAGGAACACAAAGUCGCUCGAGACCUUCAGGUGGAACAUCCGAGUCGAGCUCAGCCGCCCUGUGUACAGGGCGCUGCACCAGAUUGCGUCGCUCAAGAACUUCCAUGUUCGCAUGCAGGCCGGCCCAUCCCUUUUCGAGAUACCUCCGCCGCUGCCUUACACGUCGAGCCUGCUGCCCCAGCCCACCUCGACUCAAGCCCACUGGGAUCCUUUGCCGCCUUUCUCUACCGUUCCGCCGCCGCCGCCUCCUCCCUUCGCCAGCAUGUCCUUUUCCGUCCCGCCUCCAUACAACAACAGCAACAGCACCUCUCUGGGUCCGCCGCCUCCCUUGCCGCCGGCGCUAAGACCCGCCCCCAGGAGUCGACGGAGGAUCUCCGCCAACGAACCCGCCACCCUGUCGGGCUUCCGGAAACUGAACUCGCUCGCUGUCCUUGAUAUCGACUCUCUUGAUACCAUCACCGAGAUCAAGUCCUGUGUGCGCAACUCGACCUCCACCCUUACGAAACUGAAGCUCUCCUUCUCCACACACUUGGCUUUGCAAUCACGAAAGCCUCCCCUCGACGCCGAUCCCGAUGACUCCGACCAGGAUGACGAGUUUCAAGUCGUUCCGAUGCCGAUAGCGCCCGGCUGGGAUGAGGCGAGCGGCCCAGCAAAGGCAUUUCGCGCACAAGAAGAGCGCAAGAGCCAGGAGUCGGUUCUGGGUAGAAUAUUCGAUGUCGAGCCUUUCCUCGUCAAGAGGUCACACCGCAAGACAUUGAAAGGCAAGGAAAAACUCGAUGCGGCUACGAACACGAAGGAGGCUGGUUCGCCCGCAGAAGCCUUUAUGAACAGACUUCGUGAGGUCUCGACGAAACUUAUGGCGAGCAUAGCGGACGGCGACGCCGAUGACGGCUCGAAGCAAGAGAUCCUCGACAUGAUAGAAAAGGCCAGCAGAAAGUAUCUCGACGCGGAGGAAGCGAAGGCGGCGGGAGCGGCACAGCCGCAAAGCAAGUCGGAGGCUGGGCCCGCGACCUCUGAUGAAGAUCACUCGGCUGCGCCCGCUCCAAGCACAGUGGACGCUAGCACUCAGCCAGCCCCCAGCAUCCAAGCUCCCGAGCCUCCCACGGUUGUGACGGACAUCAGCGCAAUGCCGAAGGCAAACUAUGGAACAGACGCCAAUCCCGAAGACAUCAAUGUGGAGGAGCCUAUCGCGAUCGAGGAGACAGACGAGCCUUUGCACCUUAUGAACGACCAAAAGAAGGAGGGAUCUGCCGCCGCUCCCGAUAUCACCGCGUCUCAAGCCCAAGGUGCCGCGCCUGAGUCGCCAACGACGUCUCGAGCUGCUGCUGCCCUGGCAACACAAAAGACAAAUUUUGAGACACUAGUCCUUCGUCUGCAAUAUCUGCUGUCCGAGGCCACUGAAGUGCACGAUAAGCUGGAUACCUUGCGAAACGCCAACCCACAGGACAGAGAUCGCAUCCGCUCCGUAGAAAAUCAGCUACAGGGAUAUUACCGUGAUAUCGACAACGUACGCACUGAGCUGAAUGCUACCGAGGCCGAGCUCCGGGAUGUGGAGAAGCAAGUCAACGGCGUGGCUACGACGGCCCAUGGCGAAGACGAGGUGAUGAGCGAAUACAUUCGGUCUACCAGGGGCGUAGCGCUGAAGUCAUUCAGUGUCCACCUGAUCCCCGUCAAAGCCUCCGUCCUGAGAGCGGCUAUUGACGUACGAGUCCUCAAGAGACUGACUUUGCUGAAUGUUGGCAACCAAGCUCCUAUUUGGACCAUGUUGGCCAAGGAGAAUAAGGUUCAGCCGCUCCCGCUGCGCAAGAUCUUCACAGACAACGUAUCCAUUACUUUCCUUACGUUUGCGGGCCAGCUGGAGGAGAUUACAGAGCUGUUCAUACUGGAGCGGUCGGUCAAGUACAAACCAGAGAGUUUCGCGCCAAAAACCAACGUUGUGAUGGACCAGAUCCGUCGUCUUGUUCUCAAGAAGCAUAUGCCGACCCUCAACAAGCUAAUGAUCAAGAACGACUCGGGAUCAAGUUGGGAUGUGGACGAGAAGGCCAUGCUGCUGAUUUGCAACCGCGGGAGACAGCUCGAAGAAUUGGCGGCUGCGGUUGGAAUCCGCGCCAUCCACACUUUCAUGCAGCAUAUCUCGGGACUCGUGAGUCUCCGGGCGCUGAAUGUCACACAGUUCAGAAACGACGACACUUGCGUUUGGGUCAUGCGCGAGACUCGGAAGUUCAUCGUCGACAACCUGUGUCACUAUCCAGAGUUGAAACUCGAGUGGAUCUCUAUCGACGACGACCGGGUUGAGCGCAUCAUUCGUCCGCCGCCUCAGACACCCGCCGCCAAGGCAGAGGAGAAGAAAAAUAAGAAGGGCAAGAGCAAAGCCGCUGCUGGCUCGUCGUUCGGGGCUUUCGGCGGCCCAGGGACCGCCACCGGCACUGGUGGGCCCAGCGUCUUCCCGCCUUUGCCUCUGCCGGGAUGGGAAACGGACAGUGACAGCGACGACGAAGAUACGGAUAUAGUGGCCAACACAAGACUGGAAACGGUCGAAGGCGUCCAUUUCUAUGACGUUUGGGAUGUCCGGAUCUUCAAGAAGGAAGUUAUGGCAGGGCGCCUGUGAUUGCUCGCCAGAGCCACGCCAGGGCCGUCCAGUGCAGGUUUUUUUCAUUUGGCUAUUCACCGCCAUACGUUUUGCCCGAGGAGAAGUGCCUCUUGACCAAAGCUCAACAGGACUGAAAAUGCAGGGUGACGACAGGACGUACAAAAGGACCGGAGUUGGUUUGAACUUUUUUAGGCAAUAUCUCUUGUACGAAAUCAUCUGGGCAAUACCCGGCAUUAAAGGUAUCAAUCAGGGUCUGGCGCACAUGGUACGGAAACGGAAUUUUCUUCCUUGAUUUCUUUUGGGCAAGAAGCAAUUAUCGAGUUGCAUCAAUUUGCCAACGAAGCGAAGUAGCCAGUUAUUUAAGAAUCCCGGUGGGCUUAUUGCCCUUAACUCGUAUCCUCGCCUUUUAAAACAGAGCCUUCUUCCUCAUCGUAUCUGCAGGUGCCUUUUUCACGAUCCUGAAUAUCCCUUCCCCAGUAUCAGUACCGCAAAUCGUGCUUCCCACACAUCCACAUCGUGAAUAAGACUGAAA